GCUCCACGCGGCGCUGCGCUGCUGAUGGCGGAACGUGCAGGUCUCACCUGUGCUCGUCUCAAUUAAGGGAAACUUGCGCUCUUUUUAUCACCGUGCGCACAAAGUGGCGCAGGUGUGAUGUGAUUUCUGCAGCAGAGGAUGGACGUGCGCAACAGUGCGGCACAGCAGCUGACGGGAAGCGUCCAGGGCUUCGGAUCCUCCUCGGUGCUUGUGACAGGAUGCAGUUCCCGCUCGGACCGAGCCUGUGCCUGCUGGGCUUCCUCCUGGUGUGUGUGUUCCCUCAGCCAGCGCCGGGUCAGGUCUCAUCUCCACGGAGGUUCCGUGCCAAAGUCCUGAGUCCAAACAAGCUGCAGGUUCUGUGGAAGGAGCCCAAAGGAGAGUUUGACAGCUACAAAGUCCUCUACAGCACGCGACCAGGUGGGCAGCAGACGGAGGUUCUGGUGUCCAGGCAGGAGGCCAAGCUGCUCAUCAAGGACUACAACCCGUCCAAAGAGUACAGCUUCAGGAUCAUAGCCGUCAGCGGCGGCCGGGAGAGCAAGCCUCUUCAGGCCAAACACGAAGCUCAGCCGUCAGGUGGUGAGAGGGUUGAGUCCCAGACGGGACCAGACCGAGUUGUCACUGUGGAGAACAACGAGAUCUCAGAAGCUGAAGAUGGGUUCAUGUGUAAGACUCCAGCCAUCGCAGACAUCGUGAUCCUGGUGGAUGGCUCCUGGAGUAUCGGCCGCAUCAACUUCCGGCUGGUCAGGACGUUUCUGGAGAACCUGGUCCGGGCCUUCAGCGUGGAGUUUGAUAAGACCAGAGUCGGCUUGGCUCAAUACAGCGGAGACCCCAGAAUCGAGUGGCACCUCAACGCUCACACCACGAAACAGGCUGUGAUCGAUGCUGUGAAGAACCUGCCUUAUAAAGGAGGCAACACGCUGACAGGUCUGGCUCUGACCUUCAUCAUGGAGAACAGCUUUAAGGCAGAGUCUGGAUCCAGAUCAGGCGUUCCCAAGAUUGGAAUCCUCAUCACUGAUGGGAAGUCCCAGGAUGACGUGAUUCCCCCGGCUCAGAGGCUGAGGGAAGCUGGGAUAGAGCUGUUUGCCAUCGGCGUAAAAAACGCUGACGAGAACGAGCUGAAGGCCAUCGCCUCCGCGCCCGCUGAGACACACGUCUACAACGUGGCCGACUUCAGUGUGAUGAGCGAGAUCGUGGAGGGUCUCACCAAGACCGUGUGCGACCGUGUGGAGCAGCUCGACAAGCAGAUCAAAGGAGAACCGGCCCCCCCGCCCACCUCGGUGGCUCCUCCUCGUGAUCUGGUGACCUCCGACAUCACGGCGCGCAGCUUCCGGGUCAAAUGGACCCACGCGCCGGGUCAGGUGGAGAAGUACCGCGUGGUCUACUACCCUGCCAGCGGAGGGCAGCCGGAUGAGAAGGUGGUCCAGGGGACGGAGAACAGUGUGGAGCUCAACUACCUCAACUCUCUGACUGAGUAUCAAGUGGCUGUUUUCGCCAUCUACCGCAGCUCAGCCAGUGAAGCCCUGAGAGGAAGCGCCACGACACUGGCUCUGCCCAUGGUCAACGACCUGGAGCUGUUCGAUAUCACUCACAGCACCAUGAGGGUCCGCUGGAAGACGGCCGCCGGGGCUUCUGGGUACAUGAUCCUUUACGCGCCCCUGACGGAGGGAGACCCCGCAGAUGAGAAGGAGGUGAAGGUCUCUGACUCGGUGAAGGAGGUGGAGCUGGAGGGACUGACCCCGGCCACCGAGUACACGGUGACCGUUUACGCCAUGUAUGGGGAGGAGGCCAGCGACCCCAUGACCAGCCAGCAGACCACACUGCCUCUGGCUCCGGCCCAGAACCUGCGGUUCUCAGACGUCAGUCACAGCUCCGCCCGCCUCGCCUGGGACUCCGCCUCCAGAAAGGUCCUCAGCUACCGCGUCAUGUACGUGAAGACCAACGGCGUCCAGACCAACGAGGUGGACGUCGGCCGCGUGAACACCUGGUUCCUGAAGAACCUGACCUCGCUGACCGAGUACACGGUCGGGGUGUUCGCCAUCUACGACGAGGGACAAGCUGAGCCCACGACGGACAGCUUCACCACCAAGAUGGUGCCCGACCCGCUGGACCUGAAGAGCAGCGACGUGUCCCCGGACAGCUUCAGGGUGUCGUGGGAGCACCCGGCGCCUGACGUGGUGCUGUACCGACUCACCUGGACGCCCACCGACGGAGGCGACAGCGAGGAGGCGCUGGUGAAUGGAAACGUUAACACCUACCUGAUAAAAGGCCUCAGCCCGCUCUCGGAGUACGAAGUCCUGCUGGCCGCCGUUUAUGGGAACGAGGUGGAGAGCGACGAGGUGGUGCUGGUAGAGACCACAGUGGAGAGAACAACCUCGGUUGCGACCACAACCACCACCACAGCAGCUCCUCGCUUUGGUGUGAGGAACAUGAGGAUCGAUGAGGAAACCACCUUCAGCAUGCGCGUGUCCUGGCAGCCGGUGGACUCCAGGAACGUCCGGCACUACCGGCUGAGCUACAUCAGUGCCAGGGGCGACAGGGCGGAGGAGACGGUAAGACUCCACCCACAGCAUCCGCCCAUCAUGCUCCCACAGCUACAGCUUCCUAUUAGAACCAACUCGUACAGCAAGUGGUCCAAAGUGUCUGCUGGUCUCUGCCUGCAUCCAUCCCAGUCUGGACGCGACAGAACCAGUGGGGCUCAGGGUGGGUUCAGGUUGUCGACUCAUGGAGCUUCUUCUGGAACAGGAGGAGGAAGAUGCCACUGGAACAAAACCCAAACUCUGCAGACAGAGUAUGGAUGCGGACGAUGAGAUGCGCGGUAGAGAGUAGGAUGAUGAUGAUGUAAAUAGUGGCAGAUUCUCCAAGUGUUUGUUCCAGCAGAGAACGGAGACGAGCGGAUGGCAGGUCUUCACUCUAAUGAGCCACAGUGAGACGCCGACAGGGAGACGGAGGCGGCGAGAAGCACGAACUCGCUGCCGAGCACAUGUUGAUGGAUGCACG